GGCAGCUCUUUUUCUCUGUGGGUGUGAUACGUUCUUGCGAUGAGCUCUCAAACGGUCUCUUAAUCUGAUCAAACAACGAACCAAUUGAUACAAGCAAGAUGAUAUGUUUCACGAAUUCUCCAGCUAUUUCUAAUCGUUUACUCUAAAACAAAUCGUCCAGCAGGAUUUAAACAAGAAAGAAGCUACACUACUAGUUUCUUGCUUCGGAUUCCUGUUGGGUUCGACCUGUUGUACUAGCUGAAGUCCUGAACGGGAUUUGCGGUCUGUCAAUGAGGAACUACAGGCUCAUCUUCUGUCACAACCUGAAGCAGCCAUAGAUGCAUUUAGCAGUCACUGCGCGGGAGGAGGACAGGAGAUAAACUGAACUUCUGGGUAUUUCAAGUGCCAAACGACGAGUGCGGUGUAGUGGCGGAGGGAGUGAUGAGGAAGAGCCUCUCGCCCCCUGGCAUCUCCCUGGGUGAGGGCGAGGGCCGAGUCUUCGGGGUCCCCCUGGACGAGCUGCAGACCAGCGGUCAGCCUGGACAACAGGUGCCCCUGCUCGUCAGACACAUCGUGGAGUACAUCGAGGAGCACGGGGGACUGGACAUGGAGGGCGUGUUCCUAGUGAACGGGAACGCGGAGCGUGUGGAUUGGCUCCGGCAACGCUAUGACAGCGGCGAGCACGUUGACCUGCAGAAGGAGGCGGACCUGGCCUCGGCCGUCAGCCUGCUUCGCCUCUUUCUGCAGGAGAUGCCCCAGCCCGUCAUCCCCGUCAACCUACAAACACACAUCCUGCAGAUAUAUCAAGAGUACACCAGUGAGGAGGAGCUGGCGCGGAACCUGAAGUACUGGCUGCAGCAGCUGCCGCAGCUCAACUACAGCCUGCUGCGCUUCCUCUGCCGCUUCCUCUCCGGCGUAGGUGCCCUGCAGGAGGAGAGCUGGAGCCUGGGCACGCUCGCCGCCGUCUUCGGACCGGACAUCUUCCAGUACGACAUCACUUCCUCCCUACCCGCAAUCCAUUCGGGCACGGAGAUGGAGGAGCUGAAGGAGCAAGAGUCGGUGUGCCGUGUUUUGGCCGAGCUGCUGGAGAACCAGGAGGAGCUGUUCGACUCAGACGAGGAGGACAACGUGUCCACAACCAACGACUACAGCUCCGUCAACGAACAGAUCACAGAGCUUCUUGAGGACGACCGUGUGGAGGGGUGUGAGGAUCUCCCUCAAGACGGAGAAGAUGCCCCCCCAACACACCCUCCUGACAGCCCCUCGGACCCUGACAGCGGCCCCUCCAGUUCCCACAUCUCCUCCAUCAGUAUUCUACCCGGAUCAGCAGAUAUCAUACAGAGGACAAUACGAGCUGCAGUGGAGCAGCACUUCCUUGAGCUAAAGAGUUACGAGAGCUCAACUCGCCAGACACCACAAAGUCUCUGUGAGUGUGUGAGUGAUUCUGAGGUAAAAGAUGAAGAAGUGGAACAGUCUGAAGGAGAUGAUCCAUCUUCUUCCAACAUGCUGGAGCCACCCAGCGCAGAGGACAAUCAGGACCAGGCCUCAGAGGACUGCACAUCCCCCAGUGGGGGUCUGGAAGAAGGUUCUGGAAUGGAGCUGGACUCUGAGAGUCUGGUGGACACUGAGAACAACAUCAACACUGCCAGGCAAGACAGUUAUCAGUCCUGUGAGCAGAUGGAGCACGCAGACGUCAUCAGCUGUGAUGAUGAGCUGAAUGCCAACACCGAGCAAGACCGAGAGAACCUGCAGCCCAGCCGCAUCUUCUCCGAUGGGGAGUGGGAAGACCCUGUGCCAGCCUGUAAGGUGUGGCAGCAGGAGGACGGUGAGUGUGGAGAGGCACAACUCUCCCCAUUAGCCAGCCGCAUGUUGCCCCUCCCACUGGAGGAGGAUGCCCCGCCCCUUCUGGCUCGCCGCUUCCUGGAUUUUGGCCACAGUCAGAGAUUCUUCCAACAGGAUCCCGAGAACACGUCACCCACCAAAGCACUUUCAGCUGGGAGGCAGCGCCGUGCCUCUCUGAGUUCCAAAGAGAGUGUGAAGGGAGACGCAGUGUCCCAACAGCUCACCAAGAAACUGCAGAACCUCAAGAAGAAGAUCCGCCAGUUUGAGGAGCAGUUUGAGAAGGAGAAGAACUACAAGCCAUCGCAUGGUGAUAAGGCAGCUAACCCAAAGGUCCUGAAGUGGAUGACUGACCUCACUAAAAUCCGCAAGCAGAUCAAAGGACGUCAGCUGCUCAGGCACCAGGCCCUGUUGCAGUCCCACAGGCGCCACCACGCGUCUGGACCCUCCGCCGCCGCGGGCAGCUCCUCCUCCUCCUCCUCCUCCUCCUCCUCCUCCUCCCCGAACACACACCACCACCUGCUACACCCCCCCUCACACACCCACUCCGCCCAUAGGCAGGGCCCCUACUUCCACGCGAGACAGCGUGUGGAGUCCGAGCUGGUCCCCUAUGCGCGGCCACGCAGCAACACUCUGCCCAAGAGCUUCGGCUCGUCGCUGGACGCGGCGUCCCUUGCUGAGGGGUCGGAGCCGCCCGAGCGCCGGCCCACGCGCCACGACACCUUGGACCUCAUCCAGCAGCGCCUCAAGUCCAAGAGGCAUGAGGAGGGCUGGCCACAUGACGCCAAGAAAAUGACCAAGGAGCAGCUUGCUGGUGAGAAGACAGUCUUGCAGAAAAACCUGCUGCACUUUGAGGGACUCCACGGCCGACCGGUUACCCGUGAGGAGCGAUUGAUAGUAAAGCCGUUGUAUGACCGCUAUCGACUCAUCAAACAGAUGCUUACACGAGUCAGCAUCACACCUAUCAUCGCGUCUCCCUCGAGUAAGCGGCGUAACCAGACGCUGCAGCCCAUCAUCGAGGGGGAGACGGCCCACUUCUGUGACGAGAUCGAGGAGGAGGAGGAGGACGAGGAGGAGGUGGUGCGCGUGGAGGAGAACGACGAGCAGACAGAGGACCAGGAGAGGAGCGGGGGAGGAGGAGGAGUCGGAGUGCGGAGCGAGGGCGACGUCAUCAUCACCGUGGACCCCGCCACGCAGCCGCCUUCCCAGCAGCCUCAGCGCCAUAUCCCGGAGGAGACGUCGGGGAAGGUGGCCCUGGACCUUCGGCUGUCCAGCUCACAUGCGUCCUCUAUGCCGGAGCUGCUGGAACAGCUGUGGAAGGCUCGGGCUGAGAAAAAGAAGCUGAGGAGAACCAUCAGGGAGUUCGAGGACGAGUUCUACCAGCAGAACGGCAGGAACGUUCAGAAGGAGGACCGUCUGCCCAUGAUGGAUGAGUACAAAGAAUAUAAACGCAUCAAGGCCAAGCUCCGCCUCCUGGAAGUGCUUAUCAGCAAACAAGACUCCUCCAAGUCCAUAUAGAGCGUCGUUGCCACGACAACCAACCUAACAAACUCUACCACCCUGAGGUUGCUUCAGCAACCAGCAACGCUACUUCAAGUCACCCUACCCUCGACGGCAGACCACAUAUCUUACUGCUAUUCCCUCUGAUCUCUCUCUUUAUCACACACACACACACACACACACACACACACACAUACACAUACACGGACACACGUCUACACUGAAGUAUGUCUGACUUGGGACUGAAAAGACUUUCACACACACACACACACACACACACACACACACACAAUAAGGACUUAUAAGGACUUAUAUUUAUGGCCUCUAUCAUCAUCAUAAGCUUCACGCUCAGAUGUAAUUGUUUUUUCUUGAUUGCAUUACUUUCUUUUCUAUGGUUUUGUUUAUUUUUGUCCAUGUGAUUUCUCACACUGAGAAAUCUCUACUGAGGUCAUGAUUAGACACACAGAGGUACAGAUGGGCCAUCACCAGGGCCACAACACACAGACUCACACUUUCUUUUCACUGAGUAUACAUGUGUGUGUGUGUGUGUAUAUAUAUGUGUGUGUGUGUUUUGUGUAUAUUUGCAGAAAAGUGUUUAUACAUGGUAUGCUUGUAUAAAAUGGUUAACCUAUGUAUGUUGUAGUGGGUCAGCUCAGUCAUAUGAAGAGCGAACACUUUAUAAAGCCUUGUGUUUAUUUGCUUCUCCUGCAUUUGUGUGUGUGUGUGUGUGUGUGUGUGUGUGUGUGUGUGUGUGUGUGUGUGUGUGUGUGUGUGUGUGUGUGUGUGUGUGUGUGAGAGUCAGCUUCUCGAUAUCAGUGUUGUAGGAGGACUGCUCCCCUGGUCUGUGUGUGUUUGUUUUUUUUGUUUUUUUUUUCCUCUGACCUUUUCUGACAUCCCUACUCAUUAUGUUACACACACUUGCAUGUAUUGGUCUCACUUCUUUUGUGUUCUAUGACACACAGGGAGGUCCUGAUUGAGGAUUAGCUGCGGUUCUAAAGGGUUCUGGGAACUCGUGUGUGUUAGCAGUGGUUCUAAAGGCUCCUAGGGACAUGUGAGGGACUGUGAGCUGCAGAACUGGAGGAAAGUGAAAGACAAUUAUGGGAUGGCUGGUCAUCCUGCACUGUGGCAGAAGUCCUCCAGAGACAGCCAAGCAAGCCACACACACACACACACACCCACACACACACACACACACAGUGGAGAGGUGGGGCUGCUCAGGACAGAGCGUUGUGGCGUGUGUGCGUGUGCGUGUCAGUCAGUUUGUGGGGGGUGAGGUGCAUAAUCAUACAUGGCCAGAAAUGGCCUUUAGUUAAGUCUGUUUGAGGUUGAGAUGAAAGCCUCAAGCCUCAAGACUCAGCAGGGAGGGAAACCUCAGGCAUCUAACACCCCCAUUUCAACUGAUUCACCCCAAAACCUCAUUUCACUCCCACACACACACACACACACCAUCAGUCUCACACACACUCCACUUCCAUCUCAAACACCCUCUCUACCAACCUGGUUUACAUUCCCAACUACACUGUAAGCUAUUAACAAUGAUUGUGUCAGACACAGUCCAACACAUUCCUCCUCACCUUACCUAGCCUCCAAUUUGUGUGUGUGUGUGUGUGUGUGUGUGUGUGUGUGUGUGUUGCUCAUGUCCUCAACCUCAUCAGCAGUCUUUAGAGUUUUGAGAACAAUCUCACAUGGACACAGACAGACACACACAGGUAAGCUGGCUAGUUUCUGGAGAACCGUUUGUGCCCCUUGCUCAUUUGAACUGCUGUCAUCACAGUAGUGAGGGUUUCUCAGGCUCCAUCAGUGGAGAAAUGAACGCAUCAGUGUGGCCCGUCUCUGGUGAGGAGCAGCAGCCCCAGUGUGUGUGUGUGUGUAAAGGUGUGUAGUUUGCAGUGGGGUCAAUGUUCAGAUCCUGAUGCACUUGUGAGGAUACACACACACACACACACACCACCCUCUUCACUCAACUUUUCACUGAUAUUCAGUGCAGGAAGAACAUCAUCCGACACAAGAGUGUAUCCACCUCACUGGGCAUAACCAUGGUGUGUGUGUGCAUGUAUGUCUGUCUGUAUGUAGGGAAUGGGGGAAGGGUGUCAAGGUUAUGAUUUGCACAGCAUUCAGAGAAUGCAUCCUUUUUUUUCUCGUUUUGUUUUUUCAUGUCUGGUCACACCGUGAGCAAAUACACACUAUAUGGGCUUCGGAGUGUGUGUGAGCGACGCCGUCGUUAACUUAUUUCCUGCAUGUCGGGCUCCUCAGCUGAUGCUUUGUAUUGCCAGUGUGAAGAUGUCCUCCAUCUGUGUUUUGUUUUUUUGUUUUUUAAAAGGACUUUUUCAUUUGUACUCAUUUUUGUUUUUGUAAACGUUUUGCUGUUAUUCUGCGGGCCCCUUUGCAGUGUCCCCACCCCACCCCCCCACGUGCAGUAGCCCACUUACGCAUCCACGCUGCAGUGUAUAAGCUAGACAUAGCGCUGAGCUUGCAUGCCAGACCCUUCUUUCUUUCCUUGUAUGUUUUUGUUUUCGUUUUGGUGCCAUGAAGAAUAAGCAAUAACGUUAGUGUCCCGGCCGGAACCUAAUGAAUGAGGGGAGGCCUCCUGUAUUCAAGUAUGUGCAUUUUCUCAAUAAAUGGCUUGUGAAUACCGA